CGGCGGAGCUCACUGCGUCGUCGUCCUCGGCUCCUCCCUUCCCUCGCGGUCGCGGAUCUGAGGUACGCGCGCGCGCGCGGUGCCUCACCGGACGGACUCCCUUUUCGCGAACCCCCGCCUUCUCUUCAUCCUGGGCCUCUUCUCCCUGAGCCGGGCGGCUCCCUAGGGUUUGGUUUGCUUUUCUCUCUGCCUUGCGCGCGGAUACCUCCGGGGCACGAGGAUCUGAUCAGGACUCGUGUCAUCUGCGAUCGACGCGCCGCAGACGGAUCUACAUCUUGUUGACUUGAUUUGGUAAUUCGUGGAACUGAAAAGGCCAUUGAAAAUGGUGGUUCUUGCAGCGUCUAUUAUAUCAAAGUCUGGAAAAGCACUUGUGUCAAGACAAUUUGUUGACAUGUCUCGGAUAAGGAUUGAGGGACUGCUUGCAGCAUUUCCGAAGUUGGUUGGAAGUGGAAAGCAACAUACGUAUGUUGAGACUGAAAAUGUUCGUUAUGUCUAUCAACCAAUUGAAUCACUAUAUCUUCUUCUCAUCACAAAUAAGCAGAGUAACAUUCUUGAAGAUCUGGAUACUCUAAGGCUACUCUCCAAGCUUGUACCUGAAUAUGCGCCCUCCUUGGAUGAGGAUGGUGUCUCUAAGGCAGCAUUUGAACUUCUGUUUGCCUUUAUUGAGGCCAUUUCUCUUGGAAACAAAGAAAAUGUAACUGUUGCACAAGUUAAACAAUAUUGUGAAAUGGAGAGCAACGAAGAAAAGCUUCACAAGCUGGUUAUGCAAAGCAAAAUAAAUGAAACUAAGGAUAUCAUGAGGAGAAGAGUUACUGAGAUUGAGAAAAGCAAGACUGAUAGAGGGAAGCCUGACAAGGGAGGGUUUGGACCCUUGAGAACUCCAAACAGCUUCAGUGACAUAGGCAUUAGAGGUGGUGGUCCAGGUGGCGAUCCUAUAUUUGGUGAUAUAGACUCCUUCACACACAAGGCCAAAGGCCGCCCAUCCGCCCCUGCUCCUGCUUCUGCUUCUGCUUCUGCUUCAACUAAAGUUCCUGGUGGUAUGAAAUUAAGUAAAGCACAGAAGACAAAUCAGUUCCUAGAGUCCUUGAAAGCUGAAGGAGAAGUCAUUUUGGAGGACACUCAACCAAGUGCAAUUCAAUCAAGGUCAUCAUAUAUUCCGCCAAACGAUCCUAUCACAGUGACAGUUGAAGAGAAACUCAAUGUCACCGUUAAAAGGGAUGGGGGAGUCAGCAAUUUUGAUAUUCAAGGAACCCUUGCUCUCCAAAUUCUGAAUGACACUGAUGGUUUUGUUCAGUUACAGAUUGAGAACCAAGAUUUACCUGGACUUAGCUUCAAGACACAUCCUAAUAUCAACAAAGAGUUAUUCAACAGUCAGCAAAUUGUGGGGGCAAAAGAUCCAAACAGACCUUUCCCCAGUGGUCAAAAUGAAACACCGUUGGUGAAAUGGAGAAUCCAGGAGUUGGACGAGUCAUCUCUUCCAUUGGCAGUGAACUGUUGGCCUUCAGUGUCCGGAAAUGAUACCUAUGUGAACAUUGAAUAUGAAGCUUCGGAGAUGUUUGAUUUGCACAACGUUGUCAUCUCUAUCCCUCUCCCCGCACUUAGGGAGGCUCCAGGUGUUAGGCAAAUAGACGGAGAAUGGAAGUAUGACUCAAGAAACUCAGUGUUGGAGUGGUCCAUUAUUCUUGUUGAUCAAUCAAACCGCAGUGGUUCUUUGGAGUUCACUGUCCCUGCAGCUGAUCCAUCAUCAUUCUUCCCGAUAGCCAUUGGAUUUUCUGCAUCAAAUACAUUUAGUGGUUUGAAGGUAACUGCCAUCCGUGCGCUGAGGGAAGGUAGCCCACCAAAGUUUUCACAGAGGAAUCGAUUGGUUACUGGUAAUUACCAAGUGGUUUGACGCCCCACUUAAUGUUAGUUUGUUCCAGUAAAGUAAUUGCGCAGAUUUGCAGUACAUAUGAGCUUCUGAUUUUCUGCCAUGCUCAUUGCUCAGGCAGGUCCUUGAGCUGUUACAACAUGGACAAACAUGUGGUAUACGUAAUACAUUUCUGUUUUUCUUUUA